CCAUAAACAUCAUUUUAAUUCUUCCAAACUUUAUCUUUCGAUAUCUAACAAUCAUUACUUUGUUACAUCAGAAUUGCAGCAAACUGUUUCAUCAAGAUGGGUUAUGACAGAUACUGGUUUAGCAGUUUCAUGUUGAGUUUAUUUCUGUCAUGUGCUGUGAAUGUUUUGCUUGCUCAAAAUUUGCCAUACAAAGCUGUGAAUCUAGGAAACUGGUUGGUUGCAGAGGGGUGGAUGCAAGAACCCUCUCUCUUUGAUGGAAUUGUCAACAAAGAUCUUUUGGAUGGAACUCAGGUGCAAUUGAAAUCCACAAAAUUUAACAAGUAUCUCACUUCUGAAGAUGGAGGAGGAGCUGAUGUUGUAGCAAACCGUGAUUCAGCUUCUGGUUGGGAAACAUUCAAGCUGUGGAGGGUGAGUGACUCAUCCUUCAACUUGAGAGUCUUCAACAAGAAAUUUGUGGGGCUGCAAAAUCAUGGGGGUGGAGACAAAAUUGUAGCUGUUUCAGACUCACCUACCACACCAGAAACAUUUCAGAUUGCAAGGGAUCAUAAUGACCCCUUCAGAAUCAGAAUCAAAGCUUCAAAUGGCAAGUUUUUGCAGGUUCGAUCCGAGACAUCAGUGACUGCAGAUUAUGAAGGCACAAAUUGGGAUGAAAAAGACGCAUCGGUGUUUCGUAUGAAUAUUGUACCAGGCACCACUUUACAAGGAGAGUACCAACUUACUAAUGGUUAUGGUCCUGAUAGAGCUCCUCAAGUCAUGAGGGAGCACUGGAGCACAUACAUAACUGAAGAUGAUUUCAGAUUCAUGUCAGAAAAUGGCAUAAAUGCAGUGAGAAUACCUGUUGGAUGGUGGAUAGCUAAAGAUCCAAACCCUCCUAAGCCUUUUGUUGGUGGAUCAUUAGCAGCAUUGGACAAUGCUUUCAUUUGGGCACAAAACCAUGGAGUGAAAGUGAUCAUAGACUUGCAUGCAGCUGAGGGUUCACAGAAUGGUAAUGACCACAGUGCCUCAAGAGAUGGAUACACAGAAUGGGGAGAAUCAUACAUACCAAACACAGUUCAUGUCAUAGACUUCUUAGCAGAAAGAUAUGGUAACAGACCAAACUUAGGAGGGAUAGAGUUGAUGAAUGAACCAGUUGGUGUGAAUUUAGAGAGCCUGAAGAAGUAUUACAAGGAAGCUUAUGAUGCUGUGAGGAAGCACAACCCAAGUGUUUAUGUCGUAAUGUCAAACCCUUUGGAUGCAGAUUCCAAAGUGCUUCUCUCAUUUGUGAAAGGGUUUGACAGAGUAGUCAUUGAUGUGCAUUACUACAAUCUUUUCUCUGACAAAUUCAACAACAUGAAUGUUCAACAAAAUAUUGAUUACAUAAGAAAUGAACGAGCUUCGGAUCUCAGUGGGGUCUCUUCCUCAAAUGCUCUCAGUUUUGUAGGGGAGUGGACUGGUGCAUGGAGUAUACAAGGUGCAACUAAGGAAGAUUACCAAAAAUAUGCCCAGGCCCAAUUGGACGUGUAUUCUAAUGCAACUUUUGGAUGGGCCUAUUGGGCCUACAAGUGCAAGUUCAACCAAUGGAGUCUCAAAUGGAUGAUCCAAAACAAUUACAUAAAGCUCUAGAUUU